AUGGCUUCCUUGGUCGCUAAAGGCCUUGUUACUAAUAUGAUCAGACCUGUUGUCAUGUUUCGUGCUUAUACGGGCGGCGCAUCAUCUCCUUUCUAUAGCAGCCUAUUCCGUCCAGAUGACUACUCUGAUCAUGAGUUUAAUUGCAGAUCCAGUAAGGUCCUUCAUGAUCGAUCGAUGGCUUCCCCAUUUGCUAAUCCCGUUGCUUCUAAUCCCCUCAAGUCCAAAUCUGUCCCCUUGUUUCGUCCUGUAGCAACAGUAUCUUCUCGUUUCUAUAGCACUAAUACCGAAAUCGAUCAAGUGAAUAAUAAUCUGAAGUUAGAAGGCAGAUGCCAGGAGGAUACUUUUUAUCGUGUCCAACAAAUUUACAAGGAAGCGUAUUGUUCUCAACUCUCAGCAACUAGAAAUUUGGCUCGUUUGCUAAACAAGCUGGAUGAACGUUUCCAUGUUCGUCCAGCCUGUGAAUCUCUUAGGUGGGAUGUGAUGGAGGAUGCUAAAGCCCUUUACCUAGUCCGCGACAUGUCUGAUAUUACGGGAAGUGUAGCGACGGAGGAAUAUACUCACUUUGAUAGCUUUACUGGAGCGUCACAUGUCUUUGGUUGUGUGCGUGUAUAUGUCUGGACGGAUCUGAUUCGUAUCGUUGUAGGAAAUGAAGGCCCUAAUCCUGGUGUCACUUAUGGAGGAUUCUUGAUCGGGAUUACGUUACCGGAAAAUGUUUUCAUACAUGAACACAAAGUUAGACAUAUGAAUGUGAAGAAUGACGUAUUGAAGAUAACUAUCCCUAAACAUGAAAAUCAGUGGAUCCAUACGAUCGAAACAAGAGUAAAUUUUAUUCCAUGGAUAUAA